CCCCCACAAGCUUCCAAACAAAGAGAAUUAAUGGAAAGUGAGAUUUGAAAGCUUUAUUCUCUUAUUUCCACCAUAUAUAGAUAUAGAUAUAUAUACACACACAACAAAAUUAAUAGUAGUAAUAGUUAUCUGGUAAAUGGGUAUGAGGUGCAUCUGGUUUGAUUCAUGUCCAUGGCAGCAGCAAUAGAUCUCUCUCUCAUUCAUGGAGAUCGUUUGUGAUCGGGCUGGGGUUUCGAGAUGACCAUGUUUUCGGCUGAGAAGAGGAGAUUUUGCGGCGGCGAGGGUUAUGGUUUCUUAAGCGUAGGAUCGGAUCUAGUUGGUGGAAUGACGGAGGAAAAGGGAGAUAGUCGUGUUAAGGAAGGCGGUGAAUCGAGCUCCAAAGACGAGGAGUGGCUGCAGCUCAGCAUCGGCGGCGGUAGCGGCGGAAAAAAGAAUAUGCCGCCGGUGGAGUUGGAGUUGAUGCCUCCUCAUUCGCAAAUUCGGGCCCCGCCCGGGUGUAGCCCCUCUUUUAUAUCAUCGCAUCAGCACGAGAUUAACUGGGCGUUUAGGCCUAUUCCGAUUGCUACUCCAUCGCCAUCGCCAUCGCCCUCUUAUUUUGUGAGGCCGGCGUUCCAGCUCUACGACGUGGCUGCAGCGCCGGAUUUCAGAGUGGUGCAGCCCCCGAGGAGGCCGCAUUCUGGAGUCUGGUUUAUGCUCCAAACAUCGCAUAAUCAGGAAAGAGAGCCAUUUCUUCCCCAGAUAUCCAAGAGCUACUUGAGAAUCAAGGAUGGGAGGAUGACGAUUCGACUGGUGAUAAAAUACCUUGUUAACAAGCUUAGCUUGGAAGAUGAAUCAGAGAUAGAGAUAAGAUGCAAAGGGCAAAGGCUUCUACCUUUGUUGACAUUGCAGUAUGUAAGAGAUAACAUUUGGAGUAGUUCAAGGGAUUUCAUCACUUUGCUUCCCAAUUCCUCAACUACUCAUCACAUAAUGGUGCUUCACUAUGCUAGAACCCACCCCUCUAAUUAAAUAUUCCGACCCGACCCGACCCGACACGACAUGACUCCGGCGAUCGAUUUUAACUUUAAAUUAUCAAUUCAAGUACUUUUUAUAUCU